AGUCAGAUAGAGUAUUGUGGAAACACAGACGAGAUGUUUUCAUCAGUGGGGGGAAGGAGUGUGUUUUUCCGUGUUUUGACAUGUGUGUGCGCUUGUAUCAUGAUGUUUUACAUCGUGUUUGUCUGGUUCAGUAUCAAGGCACAUGUCUGCACUUCACACUCUUUGGCUCAGACUUUGAUUUUCUUAUCUACUGCAUCAGGUCCCAUUGAGGCCUUUACCCUAAGGCUGAGGUUGGUCCCUACAGACACAACGGAUCCCUACUUUCAGUCACAAAAAUGGACAACAAGACGUUGGUUAAGAGUGAUAGCUUCUACGUGAACUGCAGCACGUCUGGACGGCACAACUUUAUCUUCCAGUUCAUCCCUGUGGUCUACGGAUGCAAUUUCUUCAUUGGGAUCAUCGGAAACAGCAUGGUGGUGGCCGUCAUUUACCGCUACAUGAAGCUGAAAACGGUAGCCAACGUGUUUGUGCUAAAUCUAGCUAUUUCAGAUCUCACCUCCCUUAUCACGCUGCCAUUGUGGGCCGCCUACACGGCCAUGGGUUACCACUGGCCCUUUGGAACUUUCUUGUGCAAGGCAAGCGCUGGACUGGUCAUGUUCAAUCUCUACACUAGUAUAUUCUUCCUGACAGCUCUUAGCAUCGAUCGAUAUCUCGCAAUAGUACACCCAGUGCGUUCUAGACGUCAGCGCACCCUCCUCUAUGCCAACCUUACUUGCAUGUUUAUAUGGGUUUUCGCCUUAGUUCUCUGCAUGCCCACAGCGCUAAGCAGGGAUGUGUAUGACAGUGGCAACUCUACGUUGUGCGCCAUUUUGCACCACAGUGAGCGAAUCCACUUGCUCGUUACCCUUAGCGUGCUAAAGAGCGUGCUAGGGUUUCUUGUGCCUUUCCUCAUAAUCAUUACCUGCUAUUGGCUUAUCGGUCAGUCCCUGCUGGAUUCUCAGGGACUGCUGAGAAAGAACGUUCGCUCUCGGGAAGACGAGACUCUACGGAUGCUAGCCGCAGCCGUGCUUGCUUUCUUUGUUUGUUGGGCUCCUCACCAAGCUUUUCACUUUAUGGAACUGCUGGCCAUGCUUCAUGUGGUGACAAAGUGUCAAAUUCUUGAUAUUAUUGACACCGCUAUUCCAUGUACAAUAUGCAUUUCCUAUCUGAACUGUUGCGUCAACCCCAUCCUUUAUGGUUUUGUUGGACACAACUUUCGUAAGAACUUAUUAAGGUUGCUGGGCUGUGGCUCUGGUAAAGCAAACGGCGUAUUAGCUCAAAGUUGAAUAUACAUUCUCACUGCAUCUCUGGACUGCUCAGCCCAAAACGGCUGAUUCAAGAAAGAUUCAACAUACUGUUAAGAUGUCUUCGGGGCAAGAUCCAGCUUUAAAUAUUCAUAGUUAUAGUGGUUACUGCUAGUUUUAGUUGACCUAAAAGAGAAAAACUUACCAUGUUAGAAACCAGUUCACAAUGGGGCCUGUUAUAGCUCCUCAUGUGGCGAUGUUUAGAGAUGCAGUCUGGACUAUGACAAGAAUGUACCAAAUUAGGCUUCAUGUACUUAUGUAGAGUAGUAACUUACGUUUAUGAGUAGUAAGAGUUCUGUACAUGAGUUCUGUAAAUUUUUAUAUGUGUUCUGUAAAACUAUUAUUUCCUCAUGUAAACCCUUCGCAUGCAAAAGAUCGCUGAAAAAAGGCCAAUCUCAACAUAACACCAACUGUGACGUUACAGUCGUAAUUUACGCCCCCAACAAUUAAUUACACAUUAAAUUAAUUACAAUGUUGUUACAAUGCUAAAAACAAAAGUUGUGACUGCUGAGUUAUAACUAUAUCUUUUUUGCUUUAUGCAAAUGUUUAGGAUGAAAAAGUAUUGACGUUACAGUUACGUUUUGCAGGCCCAUACUGAAAAAAACUAACUUAUUAAUAGAAACCCCUAUGACCAAUCUCCAAAAAAAUUAUUAUUCCUUAAAUCUUCGUCUGAUACAAGCUUAAAGGUCACGUUCUUCCUGAUCCCAUUUUUAAACCCUAGUUAGUGUGUAAUGUUGCUAUAAUAGCAUAAAUAAUACCUGUAAAAAGAUAAAGCUCAAAGUUCACUGCCAGGCGAUAUAUUUUCUUUAACAGAAUACAGCGAACGUCCGGUUUGGACUACAGCCCUUUACUUCCUGCUUUAAUGAUGUCAGUAGAACAGUUUUUUUACUAAACUCCUCCCACAGGAAUACGUCAGUCGCCAGCUAAGCUAACGGCAAGCUAAGCUGCUAUCGAAUCACAACACACUAAACAAACUACACUCGAAACAAUCAGAACUCGAUAUGUAUUUCUUAAGGAGGGACUUCACAGAACAAGGAAGACAUCAGCCUGUUUUAAGGACAGUGAAAACAGCAGUAUACAGAUAAGUAAAUAGUGUAAAAAAUACCGUGUUUUAUUACACACAAAACUUGACCGCAUGUUAUAUUGAGCACUGUAAACACAAUCAAAGCUUUAAAAACACAGAAAGAACAGGAUCUUUAAACAUAAGUUCUGUUUACACGCACAGAGAGCUACUGAAAUGAGCUGCUCUGAGAAACAACCAAACAGAGCAGAGCUUAACAUUAUUAUUAAUGACCCUUUCAAAUAAGGUAAUAAUAGACAAUUGCAUUCUAAAGGCAAAUCCUAGGGUUGUAAAUGGACAUAGCUUCUAUGUAGAUAUCAGAGAACAAUUUAAAAUAUUAUUUGAAUGCAUUAUUUGGCACCUUUAUUGGAACGUAAUACAACUAUGUAUUUGAGUAAUCUGGAAAUUACUUGGAUAGGAGUGAUUAAAAAAUAAUUAUAUAUUUGUGCUACCUUAAAAUCAUCCAAAACAGAGCCUUAAAGAUUGUUGUGGAAAAAAAGUUUAAAAAAUAACAAUAAUAUCAAAUUAAAGCUCAGGUGGUAGAGCAUGACCGUGCCAAGGUCAGUGGUUUGAUUUCCAGGCUAUGCACAUACUGAUAAAAUUGACUUGCCAAGUGCAUGUAACAGCUGUUAGUAUCAACAGAUUAGUCAUGGAUUUGUGCAAUGAUACACAGGAAACAAUGGACCAUAUGUACUGUAUGAAAAAUGACAGAAAUUCAGCAAAUGCUGCAACCUACGAGAUUCUGUAUAAAUAUGUUUUUUGUUGGUAUUUCUCUGAGCAAAGUUUAUGCCUUUUACUAUUUUUUCCACAUCGCAAAUGUAUAGUUUACAUAGUUUAGAUCUGUUUUGCAGUUGAACAGCAACGUGAGAUUUUAGACACGCAUUGUACAAACAUUACACACAUUUACACACAGUUUAAUGCUUAUCUGAAUAACUUAAAUACUUGACAUUUAUCUUAGUAAAACUGUAAUGUUUCACUGUAAUGACAUUAUCUACACUAUUAAAAAAUCCUUGUUGCUCUUAAAUUUUUAAGUUUAUACAACUUGAAUCAACAAGUCAUUUCAACUUUCUUUACUGGUGAGGAGUUGGUAAAAGUUGAAUUUGCUUAAGUUAUUACAACUUUAUUUUUAUAAUUUAUAGCAUCUUUAAAAUAAUCAAAAAAGUUUAAAUGACUAAUAAAUUCAAGUUGUUUAAACUUAAACAUUAAGUUCAGAGAAUUUUUACAGUGUAAGGAAAAUAAAUUGAAGGCCGUACUGUAGCGUAAGAUAUGAACUACUUCUGUUCUGAACGAAUGUAAAACCUGUACACACUGAACACUACUUACUUUAGAUAUAGUGAAUGUUUUGUUUGUUUUUAACUAAUUGUGUAGGUUUUGUUUUAAGGCCUGACUUUAGCCUUUUAAAACCCUUUAUUUUUCUUUGUACAGUUAAUGGAAAUAAAUUUGUAAACAUAUGAACUGCUGUAAAUAAAUAGUCUAGUUGGUUUUAGACUUUGUUGAAGAAAGCUCUGAAAUAAAAGCAAGGUAUUAAAAUGGUA